AUGGUAAUGGCAUGGCUCACCAACUCAAUUGAUAAAGAAAUCUCUGAAAGUGUGUUAUGGAUGGAUUCGGCAAAGGAGAUCUGGGAUGAACUCCAUGAACGCUAUCAUCAAGGUGAUAUCUUUCGUAUUUCAAAUCUUCAAGAAGAAAUUUAUGCACAUAAACAAGGUGACCAAACCAUUACACGGUAUUUCACCACUCUAAAGAAACUAUGGCAAGAAUUUGACAAUUUUCGCCCCAUUCCCAGUUGUAUCUGUGAACCUGUGUGCCACUGCUCCCUAUCUUCCACCAUUAAGACCUACCGCGAUAACGAUUACGUUAUCCGUUUUCUCAAGGGGCUCAAUGACUGCUACGCACAAGUUCGUGCUCAAAUCAUGCUCAUGGAUCUGCUACCUUCCGUUAACAAAGUCUUCUCCCUCCUAAUUCAACAAGAACGACAAACCAUUCAACCGCUAGGAAAAGACAAACUCCUUGCUUACAUCAACAAAUCCAAUCAAAAAGGACCCUCAUCUGACCAAACCUCCAAGAGUUCAGCAUACCAGCAAUCUAAAGGAGUCAAGAUCUGCUCUUACUGCAACAAGCCAGGUCACACUAUCGAAGUUUGCUUCAAAAAGAACGGUCUUCCCCCAUAUUUGAAGAAACCACAUAUUGCUCAAGUUUUGACAGAAGACUCCACAGCUGACAAACCAGAUGACACGGAUUAA